UGCGGACUGACGGCAGUAGCUACGUCACACACAUUGCUCAGCAGAAGCGCCGCUGCCUUAAACAUAUGGCUGCAGAUGUGUAGCCCAGGAUUUACACAGCAAACACGAACUGAUGGGAAACACAGAACGUCAUGAAAGAUAUAGACACUGUAGGGAGUGAGAAAGAUGAAAACUGGGUUUGUGGAGGAGAAAAUGAGAAAGAGGAGGAGGCUCCAAUGAGGCGUAGUUUCUCGGUAGAAGACCUCCUCGAUGAGGUGGAGAAGAUCUGCAAUGAUGCCUCAGGGACUUCAAAGGUUGAGAUGGUGGUGCGGCUGUGGAAGGACGGCUUCACCGUAAACGAUGAGGAGUUCCGCAGCUACUCCAUACCAGAGAACCAAGACUUUCUAGAGGCUAUCAAAAGGGGGGAGCUUCCGGCAGAGUGGGAAAGCAGAGCAGAAGAGGAGGAGCUGGAGAUCAAUGUGGAGGAUCUGACUGAGGAGACUUAUGUUCCCAAGAAGAAGGCCUUUCAUCCCUUCAGCGGCCGAGGAUACCGGCUGGGCAGUGUUGCACCCAGAGUGGUGGCCAGAUCACCAUCUGUGCAUGAGGAUGGAGAAUCUCUCCCUAUUCCCAUGGUAACACUGGACCACGCCCUCCCUGUCACCUCCCUGCAGAUCUGGUUGGCUGACGGCAGGAGAUUGGUGCAGAGGUUUAACCUAUCACAUCGGAUCAGCGAUGUUCAUGAUUUCGUCGCGCGAUGCCAGAGGAACUGCCCGCCGUUCAUCCUGACAACGUCUCUCCCUUGCCGAGAGCUCACCAAGGAAGAGCUGAGUUUAGAGGAGGCAGAUUUGGCCAACGCUGUCAUUGUGCAGAGACCCCUGAACACACAGGCUCCUUUUGGACACUCCUGACCACUAGGGCCGCCUAUGUUACACAAUACACCACUUUGCCCCAUUAACAUCCCACUCCAUCUCUUCUCAUAUACAGGCCAGUCCCCGAAUCGGCAACAUGUGCCGCACUUGAGGCGGUGCCAUUGAAAUUUCCCCUGUGCAUUAAGUCAUGUCUGUGUAGGAUUAUGUACACUACCUCUGUCCAGGCUUACGGAGACAUUUUCAGUUAGGUACACACAUCUCCACCAUCUCAGAUGCAGCUGAGGUCCUGUUGUUUGUUUCUGCUUUAUUUUGUGUUCUUCCUCUGGAGGACCAUGUUUUCUUGGCAGCACAGAUCCCUAAACUGCAGAAAAACUUUCAGGCAAACCAGUGCUGCCCCGCAUGCAGAUGGACUUCCAAGCAUAUCCAUCUGUUUUUCAGCAUGGCCUGCCACACAUAUCAGCCCCCCACAGACACACCAAACAGCUAUUCAAACUUCAAGUCUUCCCAAGCUGUGAUCACUAAUUUGUCUGCACUAUUUACAGGACUCUGAUAUUUAACUUUGUAUCAAUAGGAUUGCAUUUGUAAUUAGUAACUAUAAUGCGUGCUGUUUUGUUUGCAUAACAUGAUUGCCAACAUAUUACCAAGGUACAAAGACAAAAAAAAA